AUGAGAGAAGUGAUUAGUAUCAAUGUUGGACAAGCAGGGUGUCAGAUUGGGAAUGCUUGUUGGGAGUUAUAUUCACAGGAACAUGGAAUCAGGCCAGAUGGUUAUUUACAAGAGGGUUUAGAUAGACCAAAAGGAGGAGAGGAAGGCUUUUCAACCUUCUUCAGUGAAACGGGAUCUGGUAAAUAUGUUCCUAGGGCUCUUUAUGUCGACUUAGAACCAAAUGUUAUUGACGAAGUUCGUACUGGAGCAUACAGGGAUUUGUUUCAUCCCGAACAAUUAAUAGCAGGUAAAGAAGAUGCUGCAAACAAUUAUGCUAGGGGCCACUACACUGUUGGAAGAGAAAUUUUAGAUGAUGUUUUGGAUAGAAUUAGAAGAAUGUCUGAUCAAUGUGAUGGGUUACAAGGGUUCUUGUUCACUCAUUCACUUGGAGGUGGUACAGGAUCUGGGUUGGGCUCCUUGUUAUUGGAGCAAUUAUCAAUCGAUUACGGAAAAAAAUCAAAGUUGGAGUUUGCUGUUUAUCCGGCUCCUCAGGUUUCAACUUCGGUCGUUGAACCAUACAACACUGUUUUGACCACGCAUACUACUUUAGAACAUGCAGACUGUACCUUUAUGGUGGACAAUGAAGCUAUUUAUGAUAUGUGUCGUAGAAACUUGGAUAUUGGAAGGCCAAACUUCAAUUCAUUGAAUAGUUUGAUUGCUCAAGUUGUUUCUUCUGUUACCGCCUCGCUCAGAUUCGAUGGAUCAUUGAACGUAGAUCUUAAUGAAUUUCAAACUAACUUAGUUCCCUAUCCAAGAAUCCACUUCCCAUUGGUUUCUUAUGCACCUGUGUUCUCGAAAAACAGAGCUAACCAUGAAUCGAACUCAGUUUCAGAAAUUACUGCUUCCUGCUUUGAGCCAGGAAAUCAAAUGGUUAAAUGUGAUCCGAGAACAGGCAAAUAUAUGGCUACUUGUUUAUUGUAUCGUGGUGAUGUGGUCACUAGGGAUGUUCAGAAUUCCGUUGCUCAAAUCAAAGCCAAGAAGACCGUUCAAAUGGUUGACUGGUGUCCUACGGGAUUUAAAAUUGGCAUUUGUUAUCAACCACCUACUGCUAUCCAAGGUUCAGAAUUAGCAUCUGCAAAUAGAGCGGUUUGUAUGUUGUCUAACACGACUGCUAUUGCUGAAGCUUGGAGAAGGAUUGAUAGGAAAUUUGAUUUAAUGUAUUCAAAGAGAGCCUUUGUCCACUGGUAUGUUGGUGAAGGAAUGGAAGAAGGUGAAUUUACAGAGGCUAGAGAAGAUUUGGCUGCACUAGAGAGAGACUACAUCGAAGUUGGUACAGAUUCCUUCCCAGAAGAAGAAGAAGAGUAUUAA